AUGCCGUUGCAUCUGCUGGGCAAAAAGUCUUGGAACGUCUACAAUGCGGACAAUAUCGCCCGUGUCCGUCGCGAUGAGGCCGCUGAAAAGGCCAAGGAGGCGGCCGAGGAGCAGCGCAUGCAAGAGGUCGACGCCGAGCGACGGCUAGCUAUCUUACGGGGCGAGGAACCGCCACCACUGCCGCCAACAGAGGAAACCCCUGAGGAAGAGCCACGAUCUCGGGACCGGGAUGCCGGUUCUUUCGGCAGGGAGAGGAAGAAGCGCAAGCGCGCUGGCGAGGACGACACUGAAUUCGAGUUACGUGUUGCAAAAGAGCGUUCAGACGUCGUGCAGACAGCCAACGAGACCUUGCGCAAGUCUACCAGCUCUGCGCCGAUCGUCGAUGCAACUGGGCACAUUGACCUCUUUGGCGAAGAACGAAAACAGGGUCGCCAUCUAAAGAAUGAAGAGGCGGAGAAGGAGGCUGCUAAGAAGAAGAAAGAACUCGAGGACCAGUACACAAUGCGAUUAUCAAAUGCCGCUGGCAAGGACGGCAUGGUCGGCCCUUGGUACGCAGCAUCUGGGUCAAGAGCUGAACUAGCAGAGCUCGAGCCAGCGGGCAAGGACGCAUUCGGCAACGAAGACCCAGGGAGGAAGAAGAGAGAAGAAAAAAGGAUAGUAGCGAGCGACCCUCUUGCGAUGAUGAAGAUGGGGGCAUCGAGAGUGAGAGAGGUCAAGAAAGAGCGCCAAAAAAUUGAAGCCGAGCGACAGAGGGAGCUCGAGCAGCUGCGCAAGGAGGAGAAGCGAAAGGAGAGACACGGGCGGCGGAGACGAGAUCAUCGCAGGGAUGAAGAGCGUCACCCUCGAGAUAGGUCUCGUGAGAAGGACGAUGAUGAAGCUAGAUCCCGUUCCAGGAGGAACAGCGAACGCCGUUAUCGGCCCAGUCGAGAUGAUGAGCGACCCCGGAGCAGGGGCCGUCAUCACGAAGAAAGAAGUGGCCGAGACGAAAGAAGGGAUGAAACUGAUAGGCGAUCCAGAAGAGAUGAAAGGAGCCGCCAUGAAGGAAGAGGCGGGACGAUGCACGAACGAAGCAAACGAGACUCUGAUUCACGACAACGAGAUGAUCAUCGGCGGCCAGAAGAACUUCGAGAGCCAAGCAAGUAUAAAUUACAGCAGUAA